AUGGAGAGCCGAAAAAGUAUCGAGGACUUCCUCAGAGAAGUGGAUGAAGAUAUAUUAAUAUAUGCUGGUGAAUUACGAAGCAAUGGUUUUAUGUCAGCAGCAAGCACAAAGUACCUAACAGAAAAUGAUCUAGCGGGAAUCCCUGAAGGACAUAAAAGACUUAUCUUAAAUAUGGUUAGCUGUCUGAGAAUGCCCGUACAUGAAAGACCGCAAACUAAGUUCCCCUCAUUCUCAGAGGAAGCGAAAACUGUCCUUAGUGUUGGCGAGACAAGUGUUGGACAAGAAGUACAGUGGUCAUAACGUCAAGCCACCGUCUUGCGCCCAAUGAUUAGACGAAAAUUACUGUCCCCUGGAGAAAGAUUCAUUGCAGAAAAAUGCCACGCUGUGGAGAAAAAACUUGCCAAAGCAGCUUAAAAAAGAAAAGUGCUGGAAGAUUAUUACCGAAGAAUCAAAGAGGCUGUUUCUGAAAAUAACUUUACUGGCUAACGAUGCAGUAAUUGCCAUUACCGAAAUCAUACUGUUCGCAGUUGUCAGACGGAAAAGUACGAGUCAGAAUUCUUCUGUGGCGAAUUAACGCGACAUCCUGACGAAAAGAUGAAGCUCCAAGAGCAGAAGAACAAAAUAAGAGCCUUAGAAACAUCAGCAACUAAACUUGAACAAGAACUGAGGUCUUGGGAUGCAGCUUUGAUAGAGUGUAGGGGUCAGUAAACAAACAACUAGAAGACAUGCUACUCUAAGAAUACCCUGAAGAAUAUGUCCAAAAUAAUGCAAGAAAUUGGCUGAAAAUUCAACGAGACAUUGCAUUUGUGAAGAAAUCAUUAAAGGGCAGUGGACCGCCUUGAUGAGAAAUUGUGAAAUCUCUCCUUGAGAGAAAAUAGUCUGUUGAGAAGGACAAACGCCUUGGACUUAAAACUCUUCCAGAACAUGACGUUGCCAUAA